GGUUCCCUAGCUGAGGCGCGUCCGUCCCCCACCAGAAGACCUCACGAAAGCAUCCAGCAUACAACACCAUGGAGAUUGGUAAUGGCCCACUCUUUGUGUGGGGCCUCCUCAUCUCCUCUAUCCUAGCCCAAUCGGCCGCAGCUCAUCCUCUCCGCCACCGGUUCUACUACUUUACCUGCCCGAAUGCCGAACAUAUUGUGGCCGAUGUCGUCCGCGCUGCCGUCCAUGCAGAUGCAGGCCUGCCCGCCGGCCUCAUCCGGCUGUCCUUCCACGACUGUUUUGUCCGAGGCUGCGACGCUUCCAUCUUGCUCGACACCACACCGACGAACGAGGCCAUCGAGAAGGACAGUCCAGCCAAUGCCGGUACCCUCCGAGGCCUCGAGGUCAUUGACAAGGCCAAGGCACGCCUUGAGGACGAGUGCCCUGGCAGAGUCUCCUGCGCUGACAUCCUCGCAUUUGCCGCCCGUGAUGCCGCCGUCCUCGCAGGCCUCCCACACUACAGAGUCCAGUCUGGCCGCCGCGAUGGGCGCACAUCCCUCGCAUCUGAAGUAGGCGACAACCUCCCUUCGCCCUACCACAACGUAACCCAGCUCAUCGACAUGUUUGGUAAGAAGGGCUUCAGUGCCAAUGAGAUGGUCAUACUCUCCGGAGCACACUCCAUUGGCAAGGCAGGGUGCCGCAAUUUUGAGCACCGGAUGCUUAAUUUCAGUGCUGACAAUCCGACAGACCCAAGCCUGGACCCAACCUACGCCUACUACCUAAAGCUCAUGUGCACGCCAUCAGAAACUCUCCCGAACAGCAGCAGGUCGAUGCCACUCGACUCCAUCACCAGCAUGACACUCGACAAUGCCUACUAUGUGGGCGUGCAGAUGGGGCGGGGACUGCUCCAGAGCGACCAGGCACUGAUGACCGACUCAAGGACAAGGAAGAUGGUGAAGUACUUCGCAAGGAAUCCACAUAGCUGGGCGAAUCAGUUUGGGAAGGCGAUGGCAAAGAUCAGCACCCUCGAUGUGCUGACAGAUUCACACAAAGGGGAGGUGAGGACGAACUGUCGGUUCAUCAACUAGCCCGGGAAUUUAAGGUCUGGUGUGGACCGUGAGGUGAAGAAAACAUUUUUACAUAAAGCCCUUUGAAUUCGUAGCUUUAC